AGCAAAAAACCUUGUUAAUUUGUUGGCAUCGGCAAAUAACACGCUGUAAUUUAUUAAUUGCAACUAACAAUUGUUUAAAUUCUAUAACAAUGCAUCCAGAUCUUACUGAGCGUAUUUUGCAGCAUUUAGAAGGCACCGAUAAAGUUAGCACCAUUGAAUUGGCAACAUUGUUUGAUGUAGAUCAUCAGAAAAUUGUGGGUGCAUUGAAAAGUAUCGAAGCUCAUGGAGAUUUGGUAAAAGCAGAAGUAAUCUUAGUGAAGAGCUUGGAGUUGACGGAGGAGGGACAGGCUGUAAUGACGAGUGGUAGCCACGAAGCAAAUUUAUAUGGUACUGUGCCAUUGGAAGGAGUUCCUCAGGACGAACUUAUGAAGAGCGGUCCAAAUGCUAAGAUAGGCUACAGUAAAGCGAUGUCUCUCGGUUGGAUAUUUUUAGACAAAUCUGUGAGUCCACCACUCGUCAAAAGAAAAGUGGACAAAAUCGAAGAUACAGUAAAGAAAUCUUUGGAAGAAAUAUCUAAAAACAAAACUGAUCUUCCACCACAUGUUAUUAAGGAAUUUAAAAAGCGAAAAUUGUUGCAAGAGAUUACAACGAAAAGCUUUAUUUUAAGUAAAGGACCGGAGUUCGCAACGACGUUAACGAAGUUGGAGACAGAUUUAACUGUGGAUAUGCUAGCAAGUGGUUUGUGGAAAGACCUUAAGUUUAAAUCGUAUAAUUUCGAUGCCUUGGGUGCUGCUCCUAUGAGAGGUCACUUGCAUCCUCUACAAAAAGUGCGUACUGAAUUCCGACAGAUCUUUUUGGAAAUGGGCUUUUCAGAAAUGCCUACUAACAACUACAUUGAGUCGUCUUUCUGGAAUUUCGAUGCGCUCUUUGUGCCACAACAGCAUCCGGCGCGAGACGCUCAAGACACAUUCUUUAUAAGCAAUCCGGCAAAAAGUUAUAAGUUUCCUCAAGAAUAUAUGCAACGUGUACAGGAAGUACAUUCACGCGGUGGUUAUGGUUCAACUGGUUAUGUGUAUGAUUGGAAAUUGGAAGAAGCUCAAAGGAAUACGCUGCGCACUCACACUACCGCAGUAAGUGCACGAAUGUUAUAUAAAUUGGCAAAUCAAGCGGAAGGUUUUCGACCCGUAAAAUAUUUUAGUAUUGAUAAAGUGUUCCGAAAUGAAACAUUGGAUGCAACACAUCUUGCAGAGUUCCAUCAAGUAGAGGGUGUAGUUGCAGAUAUUGGUCUAACACUGGGAGACUUAAUUGGCACAUUAUAUGAGUUCUUCCGUAAACUCGGAAUUGAAAAGCUGGAGUUCAAACCUGCUUAUAACCCCUAUACCGAACCCAGCAUGGAAAUCUUCUGCUUUCAUCCAGGUCUUAAUAAAUGGAUUGAGGUUGGAAAUUCAGGAGUUUUUAGACCAGAACUUUUGUUACCUAUGGGUUUGCCAGAAAAUGUUAACGUAAUUGCUUGGGGUCUGUCAUUGGAACGGCCAACAAUGAUAAAAUAUGGCAUCAACAAUAUUCGAGACUUGAUUGGACCUAAAGUUGACUUGAAAAUGGUAGAAGAGGGUCCAAUUUGUCGUUUGGAUAAAUAAAUAAAGAUUUUUUUGAGUGAUUUGAAAAAAAAACAUGCAAACAUUUGAAUGUAUAAUUAUAUAAUUUAAUAAAGAAAAAGUAAUUAAAAACA